UCAAUCUCUUCCGUGCCGCUUCAGUCUCGCACCUGCCCCCUUCUCUGUCCGCUCCCUUCUCCACUCUCUCUCUCUCUCCCUCCCCACCCUAAACCCUAAUUGUUGGGCGGCUUUUUCUUCUUCUUUUUCUCCUUUUAGGGUCUUUUAGGUUUCUGUGGAUGUUGGAAUUGGAGGAUGGUAUCAUUGUUAAGCUGGAGGGCAUAUAAGGUACUGUGAACUGAAGUGCUCUCGAGAUAGUUAUCCUCCAUGGGGGGAGCUUGUUCAAGGAAAAGGGACCUGGUUGACGAAAGUGAUACACGGACAACCUCUGGACGGUACUCUAAAAGUGGCAGUUCAAAAUGGUUGUUGUUCUCGCUGCCUCGCUGUGUUGUGGAUGUUGCUCGGAGAGGGCAGGGGAAGUGUCCCUCCCUUAUGGAACUUUGCGUUGCAAAAAUUCGUGAGGAUAUCAACAAGUAUAGCAGCUUUGCCAUGCUACCCAGAGAUAUAAGCCAGCAGAUAUUCGAUGAAUUGGUGGAAUCUCGCUGCCUUACUGAUGUGUCUCUGAAAGCCUUUCAGGAUUGUGCUCUUCAGGAUAUCCAUUUGGGAGAGUACCCAGGAGUGAAGGACAAUUGGAUGGGCAUAAUUUCUUCCCAAGGGCAAUCCUUGCUUUCCCUUGAUAUUUCUUAUUCUGAUGUAACGGAUUCUGGGCUGGUCCUUCUCAAAGAUUGCUCCAAUGUACAAGACUUGACAUUUAAUUACUGUGACCAUAUUUCAGAUCAUGGUCUUGAGCACUUGUCUGGUUUUUCAAAUUUGACAGCCUUGAGUUUUAAGAAGAGCAAUGCUAUCACUGCAGAAGGAAUGAAGGCUUUUACCAAUUUAGUUAACUUGGAAAAUUUGGAUCUUGAGAGAUGCUUGAAGAUUCAUGGUGGUCUGAUUCCUUUGAAAGGUUUAACUAAACUUGAGUCUAUUAAUAUCAGAUACUGCAAUUGUAUAACAGAUGUAGAUAUGAAGCCUCUUUCAGGUCUUAUGAACUUAAAAGAAUUGCAAAUGUCGUGCUGUAGAGUUACAGAUGCUGGCAUUGCUCAUUUGAAAGGUUUAUCUAAGCUUUCUCACUUGAACUUGGAGGGUUGUCCAGUGACUGCUGCUUGCUUGGAGGUUAUUUCAGGGUUUAUUUCACUACUGAUUUUGAAUCUCAACCGGUGCGGCCUGUCUGAUGAUGGCUGUGAGCGGCUUGCUGGGCUUUUGAGGUUGAAAGUCUUGAACCUGGGGUUCAACAACAUCACAGACGCAUCUUUGGUCCAUCUAAAAGAUUUGAUCAAUUUGGAGAGCUUGAACUUGGAUUCUUGUAAGAUUGGCGAUGAAGGUUUGUUAAACCUAAAAGGCCUUUUGCAAUUGAAAAGCUUGGAGCUGUCAGACACAGAAGUUGGAAGCAAUGGACUUCGUCAUCUCUCUGGUUUGCACAACCUGGAGUGUAUCAAUUUGUCAUUUACUUUGGUCACUGAUAGUGGUUUGAGGAAGCUGUCUGGUUUGACAUCCCUUAAAUCACUUAAUCUGGAUGCUCGCCAAAUCACAGAUGCAGGCAUAUCAGCUCUUACAAGUCUUACUGGAUUGACUCAUCUGGAUCUUUUUGGAGCUCGUAUCACAGAUUUUGGAACCAACUGCUUUCGAUGUUUCAAGAACCUGCAGUCCCUCGAGUUAUGUGGUGGGUCAAUAACUGAUGCUGGCGUGAAAAACAUCAAAGACCUUACAUCAUUGACAUUCUUAAACCUGUCUCAAAAUUGCAACCUCACGGAUAAGACUCUGGAAUUGAUCUCUGGACUGACUGCAUUGGUUUCUCUGAACGUGUCAAAUUCACGCAUCACCAAUGCUGGAUUGCAGCACCUGAAACCCUUGAAGAAUCUGAGAUCCCUUUCCCUGGAGUCCUGCAAAGUGACUGCUACUGAGAUAAAAAAGCUUCAAUUGGCUGCCCUUCCUAAUCUGGUAAGUGUUCGACCUGAGUAAUUCAAGGUCCAAGCCUGUUAAUAGUGCAUUAUUGGGAAGGCUACCUUUGUAUAUAUGAACGAAGACGGAUGGAACUGUACAUAUGGAUGGUGUUUAGUGUCCUGUCUAGUGGAUUUCUAAUUUAAUGGUGGGGAAGGCUUGUGUGCUGCACGUGAAAGCAUCUUUUUUAAAGCAUGACACUGAUGCUAAAGUGUAUAUAUGCUUUGUCAGCAUGAUCUGCAUGAGCCUGCUGUGGAUUUGUAAAUAUAUAUGUAUAUAUAUAUUCAGAGAUAUAAUAAUCAGAGUUCAUGUGCUGGACAA